UUGUAGUCACAGUUGCAGAUAAACCUGAAAUGAAAAAGGAAGAUACAACAGCUAUUGUCACAGAAGAUGAACUAAAUCCAGAUGAUAAUGACGAAUGGUUGGAGGCACAUACAGAUGGUGAAGGAAGAGAGUUGAACACGGACAUUGAGAGCUUUUGGGAGUUGUCUGACAGUAGCACAAGUCGCGAAUGCUGUUAUGUUAUACCCACCACAAGAGUUCUGCUCAACAACAUGCGAUUCUUGACCAGUCUUGUGAUAUCAGAUGAUCGUAUCCGGCUGUUGACGCCGGGCGACGUGGUGCGUACGCUGCGUUGCGCUGCGUUCUCGAGCAACGAUCGCUUGGCCGACUACGCAAGUCGCGCGAGGACGUUCGCCAUUCGACAGAUGAGUAAGUAA